AUGUACAACAAAGUUUCGGGUGGCAAGUGGAGUAAGACAAGGGGCAAUUGCAGUACCCUUCCUGUUCAACUUUCAGUUAUCGAAGACAUUAUGCGAAGAACAGUUAGUCAGUUUCCUGCUGCCGUCAUCUUAGCACCAUCAGAGUGCUCCUUGACUGAUUUCGAGUACGCCGACAAGGUUGUUAUAUUCGUUGAAAGCCCUACGAAACUUCAACGUGUUGUCAGCUUUGUAUCGAAGCUGGCUGUAGCCUAUGGACUACGUCUACGCCCUGAUAAAUGCAAGCAGAUGUGGAUCUCUUCUAGACCUCGAACGCGAACCAGGAUGGACAACGAACUCGUCGAUGAGUUCUGUUACCUUGGUUGUGUGCUGAAGAACAACGGCAGCUACGAGAAAGAUAUUCAUUAUAGAGGCGCUAAGGCCAUUUCCGCAUAUAACUCCUCAACGAAAUGUCUGUGGUCGACCCCAUCACCAACGACGUCAAGCUGCGCAUUUCGGCCCAUAAUGAUGUACGGAUCGAAGACUUGGACAGCACCGUUCCGAUAA